AUGCAUGCCCUUAAAUUAAGGGAAGAGAGUACAUUCCAGAUCAGACAGUAUAACCCAACACAUAAAUGUGCUAGAUCAUUUAAUGUGAAGAAUGUGAAUAGCAAAUGGUUGUCAACCAAAUAUGAAGAUGCUUUCAGAACAGAUUCUAAAAGGAAUGUGAAAGGGUUUAGAAAGGAUGUGAUUAAAGAACUUAGGUGUCAUGUAUCAAGAAACCAAACAUACAGAGCAAAGCAAAAAGCAAUUGACAAAAUUGAAGGCAAAGUUGAAGAUCAAUUUGAUUGUUUGUGGGACUAUGCAUGGGUCCACAGUGAUGAUGGUUGUAGACCUGUGAUAGGGGUAGAUGGGUGUCAUCUAAAGGGUCUCUAUGGAGGUGUUUUGCUAACUGCAAUUUCUAUUGACCCAAACAAUAAUUUGUAUUUGGCUUAUGCUGUGGUUUCUGGAGAAACUAGGGAAGCAUGGCAAUGGUUCUUUGAAUUGUUAAAGGAUAAUUUACAUAUUGUAAGGGAUGACACAUACACUUUUAUUAGUGACAAACAGAAAGGGUUGAUUCCUGCAUUUGAAUGUGUGUUUCCUGGUGCAGAUAAUAGAUUCUGUGUUAGGCACUUGUAUGGCAACAUGAAAACUGCUGGAUUUAGAGGUUUACCUUUUAAAAAAGCAUUGUGGAGUGCUGCAAAGGCAACAAUAGUGAGUGAAUUUAAUUUCAGAAUGGAGGAAUUUGCUAAACUAGAUCCUAAAUUGGUUGAAUGGCUGAGUGACAAGCCUCCAGCACAUUGGAGCAGGGCUUAUUUAAUUGUUUUCCAAAAGCCAAAGGACUUUGUUAAUCCUUGCUAUAGCGUGGCAACUUUCAUUGAGGUGUAUAAGAAUGCAAUUUUACCUGUCAAUGGCCCUAAUCUUUGGGAGAAAAGUGGACUUAUCCCAUGCCUUCCACCCAACUUUGGAAGGGGUGCAGGAAGACUUGCACGAGCUAGAAGAUUGGAGUAUGACAAGGAAGUCCACAAGAAAAUCCAUGAAGCAAGGUCAAAUGAAACAAGUUUCUGCAAAUUCUGA